CCGCUGUUUGAAAGCGGGCGUCUUGUACCCGCUCAUGCGUCGUAAAAAAAAAACGAUCGGAAAAACUUGGAGACUUGGGAGAGGUGUGGGCAGUGAAUAUUUCACUGCAAAUUUCGAUUCGUCAUGAGGCGGAAUUUUUCCGGCCCAGGUAGGUUUAUCAGGCUCAAGUCUAAUCAGUUAUUUAUAUCACAAAUUGAUUUGAUGCACUUUUUUUCAGGGGGGAGAUAUGACAAUUUCGACGAGCCAGCUCCUCUGGAUCUCAGCCGAGGUAGGCUAAAGUUUCGGGACGUUCUUCCUGCACUUUUACAUCAUUCAUGCCUAUGUUAAAUGAACAAUGUUUUGUUAGAACAUAACACCAAGUCUUUCUCGAGGACAUUUUGCAAACGAUUUGUGAAAAUGACUAGUCCUAUUACACAUUGGUAUGCAUGUUCGAGAAUGGUUGAUCAUUUACUCAAGCUGCAGGGCACUUAUAAUUGAAAUAUUAUUCAGCUUAAGCGUAUUAUAGUUAUUUUUAUGAUAAUAAUAGACGUCUUUUGACUAAGAAUAUUAAAUAAGUUCGUGACUGCACUAUUUAUAACAGUGUCAAUGCAGCGAAAAAUUCUUUGCAGCCCGGUUUGUCGUCAGGCUUGUUGACAUUACAAAUUCUCGCCUCAUGGAAAAUUUUCGUAGUGGAAAAAAAUCGCAGACUUUGUAAUGACGGCUAAUAAUUUUUAAAAAGAGCAAAAGCGUUAUCAUUCAGCGUUUUCAGCUGCUUAGAGUGUCAGAAACUGAGAAAAACGUUUCUCAAUGUUGUUGAUUGACUGGCGGUUAUAUUAUUGUGCACGUGUGAUUCUAGUGUGAAAAUCUUGUCACGUGGAAAAUUUUUCAUUGAAAUAUAAACAAAUAAGAGGAAGCUGAGUAUUCUAUGUUUCGUGCUUUUGCUUGGCUCCACCUAAUUCCAAACUUGUGCUGGCAGGAGAACUAUAAUUUAUUUAUUCAAGUAUUACUUUGAUGUAAUGAUAUUGUCACAGAAUCAAUUUCAGUUAAUUCAUUCAAGAGUUUAGCUUAUAUGCAAAUAAGUCAUUAAUUGUGAGCUAAAACCUAGUUUUUACCUUUUGAGGCCUAUUUAAAAGGUUCAGCAUUUGCUUCGUUAUGUCCCUUCUACAUUUGUUGAACCUAAGUGCUACUUGACUAAAGAGAAUCAGGUAGAUGGGUCUAUUCACCAGUACUUUCACUUUGGGUGCCAAUAUGCUAGUUGUUGCUGUUACAGGUUAAAAUUAAAUUCAGCUUAAAUUUUUUUAACCUAGGUUGAUUCUCAAUUUUCUUGUCUCGUAGCCCUAAUUAUUUAUGAGUUAGGCCUACGAGACAACAAAAAUUGGGAAUCAAUCUAGGUUGAAAAAAUUUAAACUGAAUAUAAUUUUGACCUGUAACAUUGCCAGUGGCUGUCAUUUUCAAGACUACAUGCUCAAUGCUGUAUUCUUUUGGUUUCUGCAUGGACUUUAUAUAUACUGUCCAUUCAUGGUGUCCUCUGUGGCAUUGUUAGACCUGGCCUGUUUUUGUAUAACACUCACUGCCAUGCAUAAUUUUCUGUUUGCAGAUCCUGUUGACAACAUGAAAGAUCUCUUGAAUCAAAUCACCAGCAAGGAAAUGUCAACUGCCAAACGAAUGGGAUAUGUCAACAAUUUUACCAAGGUAAUGUAUAGUACAUGUAAAAACCUGUCAGUGUUUGCUAGUCUGCAUUUAUUAUUACAGACUGGCAAACUUUUGAAGAACAAUCAUCAGGAUAUUUCAUUCCUUUAGCACGUUUUUCUCUAGCCUGCAUUGUAAAUGUAAUUUAACCUUGGUUAGUAACAGCUGGGAAAAGUGGUGAUAUCCUUGUUCUGGGCCUGCAACGGACUUAAUAAAUUACCAUAAGCUAGCAGAGCCUAGUGGCCCCCGACACCUAACUUUUGCUCUUGGGUGACUAGAAAAUCUCAGAUUUUUCAUACAAAUCAUAUGCUGAGCAGCCUAGAUUUUACAGGUUCAGAGCUCUGGGCUCCCCUCAAUUUUCCUUAGAGCACAGCCUUGGGUCAAUCAAGGCAUGUACUCAAAUCCUUGCGUAGAGAUGGGGACUCAAAACAACAAUUUUGGUGCUGCUUCGCAGAUGGACUUAACCAGAGUUUAAUUUUAAAGAAAGUGUAAUGAUUUGAUUUUUUAAUUUCAUCAACAGUUAAUUCAAAGUGUUGGUGAGAAUGUAAAUUUGGGAUACUCUCUAGAAGAUAUCAUCAAAUGGUAUGUAUCAUGAUCAGUUGACAUACAGUAUUUAGACAACUCCCACGGGCAAAGAAGAGACACGAUGUAUGGCAGCGCUGCUCAAUCACUGACAACAGCUUGGAUAUUAAUAAAUGACUUCUUUUUCUUUUUGUAGCCUUAUGCUGCCCCUUGUUUCGACUGCCAAAGAAGUCAGAGCUGCAGGGUUACGAGCCUUCCGUCAUCUGUUUUCCGAUAGUAAAACUCUCUCCAAAAUGCUGGACUUCAGGAUUGACAUAUUUGUUGUUAGGUAAUAAACAUAUUUACUCAAAAUCAUUGUUUUACGUUGUAUUGCAACUUAAAUUGCAACGUCUUCUUUUCUCUAGAUCUCAUCUAGCCUAUAAGCAAGCUCUCCCAAAGGUACGGGGGUGGGUUAGAGAAAGGAGAGCUUCCCCCAUCCUCUUCCCCUUUGGAGAGCUUGCUCACAGGCUAGAACUCUUCAUCACCUGUGUCUAGAAAAUGACAUAGUGCUGGGGUGUAUAUAACUGGUCUCAUAUCCAUUUGUGGGAGGGAGGGGUGGGGGGGAGGGUAUAAUCUUCUGCUUCUUAUGACACAUGUCAAGUGGGUACCUCCCUAGCCUUCCUGUACCCCUUGACCUAUUUUACUUGUUGUGUUGCUGAAAAUCAUUACACUUUUUUGCAGAAAAUAUUUUCUGCCUUGAGGAGGUGUCAACCAAACUACCAAGAGUUUAUGGUUCACAUACAGUGUUUUCAUGGCCUCUUUUGUCGGCUUUUAAUUUAGGUCAAUGGAUAUGGUACAUAGCGCUUUUGAGGUGGAGCGUGUUCAGGCCUUGAGGCUCAUAAGAAAGGUCUGUAACCAUUCCUUUUCUUGAGGACAAUGAGUCAUAUUUUAAAAUCCAAUUUUUUUAUUUUUGCAAAAUUUACGUAGAAAAUUUUACUUGAACUUUACCCUCUAACGGCAUUUAUUUUUUAAAGAGUUUAGACACAAUCACAUGAGUGGCUGAAAAUUAAUGUUUUAAGACCAAGUAGUGUUCAUUUGUGAGUAAUAUCCUUAUAUUCACCACAGGAUACCCAAUGUAGACCCAUAUGUAUUUUUUUUGUUUCCUCUGUUUAUUCUUGAUUAAUAUUCCGUGUUGGAGACUGUUUUUGCACGACCAUUUAAUACAGAUUUUGAGUGGUCUGUGCUAGAGUUUAACUGACAUGUAAAAUCACAGAUGUUGUUUUCAGAGUAGGAAAGUAUAGUCAACUCUCUGUAAACAGACACUGCUAUAAGACAGACAUCUCGGUAGGAUGGAUACCAAGGUCCCUGCCUUUCUUUACUCCCUUUGCUUGACUCUCCAUAAGAUCGACAUCACUCUUAGACAGACACGUGCGCUGCCUUUGGUGCGUGAGGUCCCAAGUUCGAUCCCCAGUGACAUCACAUCCUUGUUUCAACUUCUCUCCUUUCUGACUGUGUAGCUUUGACUGGCUUGAAAUACCCUUACCCUUGGAGCAUCGAUGGAGAGAGGGGGGUAAAAGGAUCCCACCAUCGACCUCAAGUUUAUCAGUUAUUAUUACUGCCACAAGUUACAGCACGUAAAAUAUGGUUGCUUUACCUUUACCUAUUACCUUUUAGUACUGGCCCCAAAGGUUUCCGUCUUUUAGCCAAAGUGGGCUGCAGACACAUAAUUAUGGUAGAUUUCUUUGUCAAAAGCUAUCUCUGUUUUCAAUGUGAUUCUCUUUUUCUUGUAAAUAGGUGAUUGCUGUUAGCCCUGAGUUGUUUCCGAUGUCAAUGGGUGCUGCUCUUGUUUCUGUUGGUAAUGAUGAAGGAGAUGAUGCAGAUAGACUUCGAAGAGCUUGUGUUGCCACCCUCUGUGAACUUGGUAUGAUUCAGCUAGUUAGUUGCACUUUGAAAGAAAGGCUCAAUUGCAUCCUUGGGUUAAAUUUUUUUUCGUUUGUUUUAAACUCAUAAUCAACAUUUUCCUACCUUCGAGUAAACCUAAAUUAAAUGUAAAUGUUUUGUUAUUGUUAUCCAAGUUUUGGCUUGACAGACUGAAGUUUGAAGCUGUGCUUGUCUGAGCAAAAAAAGAUUGCUUUGCACAGGCGGCUUUAACCAUAGCCUUUUUAAACUUCUGCUUUAGAGGAUACUGUUGCAAAAACGUCUUCCAAACUGUCAACAUUAUUUACUCAUGUUUUACUAUUGGUGUGACUGUAGAAAUGACAGAAGGUACAUGUGGUGUUGUGCCAUUGAUCAUAAUUUUUAAGUGAUACGCGAUAGUUGAUUAUGGAAAAUAUUCAAUUAAUUAUUGUGGGGUUAAACAAAUUAAAUAAUAUUACAUGUACUUGUGUGUUGCCUUCUUAAUGGUCUCAUAACUAAAGAAGAAAAGGGAUUAAUUUUGAUCACCUGAAAGCACAGAAAAAAUUCUGAGCUUAACAGUCCACAGUCAAAAAGCUUUGAAAAAAGUUUGUAUUAGAUGUACUUUGACCUGCGAAAAGGUGAAAAAUACAUGGAAUUCUAAAAAAAAUGUUCUGAUUAUAAUCCAUGAUUGAUCAACUGAAUCAAUCCAAUUAUUUCUGAUGAACAAUUAUGAAAUCUCAGCUGAAUUCCAACUUUAAGGGAAGGUCCAAAAAUGUCAUGUCUGUUUUGAUCUGUAGCAAAUGCAUGUGAAACCAAUUAUUUUAUUUGCUAAUCAUUGCAUUUGUUUAAUCUGAUCAUUCCUCUCUGUCUUUGUAGCUGUAAAGAACAUUACGACAGCAUCUUACUGUGGGGGGAUCAAUACCAUUAUAAGGAACAUAUUGGAUACUCAGGUGCUGAAGUGUGUAAUGUUUUAUGUUGGUCAUGGUGGAUAAGAAAUUUUUUUCACAGUUUGUGAUAACUAUGCUGCAUUCUUUUUCAACAGUUGCCGCGAUUUAACGAGUCUCUGAUGGCAACGUUACUUUACCUGUUAAACAGCCCUGAGUCAAGGCUGUACAUGCGAUCAGAUGUUGGAUUAGAGGUAUGUUUGUUUGGUUGUUUUAUUUUUAUUGUCUCUGUCAUUUUCACGUUCAUUUUCAUUAUUAUCUUAACCAUAACGUAUAUUAUUAUUAUUAUAAUUAUCGUUAUAACUAUUACCAUAUUUAUUCAAAUCAGCGCUCAACCUCGAAUUAGUGCCCACCUCGAAUAACUGCCCGUCCUAAAGGCAGAAAAAGUUAACAAGUGCCCAGCCUCAAAUAAGUGCCCAGCCCCACCCCACCCCCCUUUCCGCUCCCACCCCCCCAAAAAUUGAAUAAGUUCUAAUAAGAGAGUGAGACGAAGACAAGGUUUUCUUCAGAGUAUUUUACAGAAACUUUGCGUUGUUGCAUCUUCACGUUUUGUUUUUAUUAUUUAUUGUUUUGUUGCAAAAUAAACAUAGUACACUUGCUGAAAAUGGUGAAAAUUGGAUAAUCGUCCACUCUCAACCAAAAAUUUAAUAAGCAGCCAGGGCGGUUAUUCACAUAAAAACAGUAUUAUUAUUAUUAUUAUUAUUAUUAUUAUUAUGGUUAUUAUUAUUAUCAUGAUCAUGAUUAUUAUUAACUCCUAGCCAUUGCUAACAAUUGUUUAUUUUGCAGUCCAUUUUAGCACCCUUUACAGACCUUCAUUACAGGCAUAAUCCUGAUACUCCAGAAACACAUUUAAGGUAACAGGAAUUGGAGGUGGUUAAGCAUUUAUAUUUGCUAAUUGGAGACAUCAUAAAACAAUAUAGUUUAAAUGAAUGACCCUUAAAUUACCCCUAGCUCAACAUUAAGGCUAGCGAACCAAAGCAAAUAUCAAACAUCGAUACCGUGUUUAAAUUCAAAUGAAACAACUUGGUGAGAAUCCCAACUGACCAGGCCACAGUUGUUCAAUACUUAUUCAUUGGAUAAAGAUUUGUCAGGUCAAUAGCGCUAUCCACCUUUUGAAUAACUGGGGCCAGAGGCACAUCUUUUGCUAUUUACAGUUGUCACUUUAAUGAGUUAAACUCCAAUCUACAGUGAUACAAGUCAAGCUAAUGGUCAGGGCAGCAGUUGAAUUUGGGUCUUCUUUUUGCAACCCCAGUGAUCUGACCUCUUAGCCUUACUGCCUGUGAUUAAAGCCUAAACAAUUAAUAUGUAACAAUGAAAUUGGUUAGUGCAUAAUUAUAUCAUUUUUUGUAACGCUAAGCUGGCCGAAAAAUGAAUGUGAACAUUUAAUGGUUGAGAAAAAGUUUGAGUUUAGACUCUCUUUUCUACAGGUUUCAAUCUUUGAUAUUACAGCUUACCCUACCUGCCUGAGUCAAUUAACAUCAGACCAUGUUUAACGUAUAGAUAAUAUUUAUCACAGGGUAAAUUGUAAAUUAAAUUUUUUCUUUUCCUUUACUGUAGAGAUGACAGGAACAACCGCUUACAAGCCAGCAAGAUGGCUAUAGUUACAGUUUUCAGAUCUUGGUCAGGUGAGAUCUUAUUAACUGAAUGGAGUUCUGGAGGUACUGGCAAGUAAUUUCAAACCAUCUCACACAUGCAUUGUGAUGCAUUUAAAUGCACUUUAAAAGGAGUUAACCAGUAAGAGGGUCUUCAAUGCCCAAGGUCUUUGGUCAUCCGGCAUGCUUAUGCCCAGUUGUUUGCUACAUCCUUCACUUGAUUCAGAUCAAGUGGAUCGAUUUUUCUUUAUGCUGCAUUGUCUAUCCCGUGGGGUUCCUUUUAGCCAUUCCCCCCCCUUUCCACUGAUGUUUUUCAGUGUGAAGGUCACCUGUUUGUUUUCCCUCUUUUGUGGGGGCUCAUGGAUGGGUUGUGCUGUUGUACCAGCCAUAAGGGGGGGUGGUUCAGUUUAUUGGCUGGCUGCCAAAAGUGAAAGCCCCGGAUACUUCAGGCACCCAGCCUCCAUUUAGUGAUUCAGCUGUUAACAAAAUUGUUUUCAAAAUUAGAUAUUAAGUGUAUUAAAUAAACCCCAUUGUUACUGAACAGCCUUUUCAGUCAGAUUUGUAUAAUCUGAUGUAAACAAAACAGGGAAUUAAACCCUUGUUAGUGAAUUAAUAUGCUCUAUGUUUUUUUUUUGUGUGUGAUAUUAGGCAUAAUCAGUUUAUGUCGGCCAGAUGGAAAAGGUGUCCAGUCAUUGUUGGGCGUGUUCUGUUUGCCAAACUCUGAUGUCAGAGUAAGUAACCAAUAAAGUAACCUUAGGAAACAGCCGAUAUUUUGCAAAGCCACUACUGGUUUCCAUGCGAAAUGACGUCUGAGCAACAACUGCAGAGAUUCCAGACUGAUGAAGGGUCACCACCCAGAUCUGGGUAGUGCUUUUGAUUGGUCAUUUCGCAAGAGAAAUUUGUUUAAUUUUCUCAGGGUAUAAAAUAUGUAAUUUUUGCCCUUAAAUUUUGCUGCGAUUACAAUGGCGUGAGCAUCAGCUGAUUUAAAUACUAGUUUUAUAUAAUGUGGUUUUUACUCACAUUAAAUUUUCUCUUCACAGAGAGGGGUUAUGGAAAUAUUGUUUGAGAUUUUCCAGCUUAAGGAACCUGAUUGGACAGAUGACUUUCAGCAAGCACUUGUUAGUGUUGGUAAGGCACAUAAAACCCAUCUUAAUAUUCUUAAAUUGGUCAAACUCAUUAUUUAGAUGUACCAUCGGUUUUGUCCAACACAAACACUGUCCACUGGGACCUGCAGCUGUUAACAUCUGUUAUGGCAGGUAUCUGCUUCGUAGAUAAAACCACUUAACUCUGGCUUUUUAUUUUUUCAGACCCUUGUCAAAUGCAAGAUUCCUGGAAACUCUCUGAAGGAUUUGUGGCAGAAGAAGGCAAAGCACUCUUGCCUCACCGUGCCACUGGAAGGUAACUGUGGAUGGCUUGGCUAACCUUACUAUUGUUAGCCUCAUACACAUCCAUGCCAUGUUGUCAUCAUGUUGAAUACUGUCAGUAUUUUCCUCAUCAUCAAUUUCAUUGUCGUUAUUGUCAUCACUGCUAUCUUUGUAAGUAGGUUGAGCAUGAUCGUCCGUUUGAUCGUAGUCCAGAAAAGGCCUGUUGUUGACAGUGACUGACGUUUCGACUUCCUAUGUGGUAGCCAUCUUCAGAGUCAAAGAGAGUUGUAUUACGUCAGUUGAUGGUAUUAAACUCUAGUUAUUGACUUUGACGAGACGAGCGCAACUAUUGUGUGACUCACCUGACAGCCUACAAGACGAGACUGACUACCUAAAGAACGUUUUUAGUAAAAACAACUACAACGCGGACUUUGUUAGACGAAACGCUCACAGUAACGCCGAUUUCAGCACUCAAACCAGCGUUAACUCUGGCCCUGUUACGACGGCGACUAGACCGUACAUCAGAGGCACCGCUGAAGCUAUCGCACGCAUACUACAACCAUACAACAUCCGCGUUUCACACAAUACGAUAACCACUUUACUACGACUACUUACUAAUGUCAAGGACAAAGACAAACUGGAGUAAAGACAGGGAGCAGCAUACAACAUCAAAUUCUGCGACUUUUGGGCCAUUUAAAUUGGUGAGAACAGAAACCUUAGCUCGCGACUGACUGAACACAAACGAGCGACGAGAAAUGGUAAUGUCAACAAUCACGUUGCUGAACACCAUUUACAGACGAAACAUCAAAUCGUCUGGGACUUCUGCAACAUUUAUUACGAAUCCUACAGACUACUAUCAGCGACUCACUUUAGAAAGCUGGUUUACUAACGUAGAACAAACACCACUGAAUCGUAAUCAACAGUUCCCGGCACCGUACAAACAACUUAUUGAGGGAUUCAAGCAAAACUAACCACGAGAAUGACUGGAAAACCGACAAUUUGACUUACAAAAAACGGUCACUAAACUGUCACAAUAGAUAGAUCGAAACGCACCAAUGACAUUUCGAGUCUUCAUAGCAAACAAUAUCACGGCUUAACUGACAGACGAACAUGGCGACUUAAUUGACCAGUGAGGUCAAUAACCAGAGUUUGAUACCAUCAACUGACGUGAUACAACUCACUUUGACUCUGAAGAUGACCACCGCACAGGUUGUCGAAACGUCAGUCACUCACUCAUCAUCAUAAUCACCACCACCACCACCACCACUUUCAUCAUCAUCAUCAUCACUGCAACAAUGUUAUUUCAUUUCAACAAUUCAAAUGCAGUGAAUGUAGUUUUCUUCCUCUAUGAAAAGAUAAUCUAAUUCUUUAGUAUGUAAAAAUGUUGUCCGCAGAUCAUGUGCGACUGCAGUUAUGAUCUCGUUGGACACUCGCCAAUUCUUCCAUGGUCUUCUUCAUUCUCAUUCGUCAUCAUCCACAUUCUCAUCUUGACUGUGGUCAUCAUCAUCAUCAUCAUCACAGUGGCGGAUCCAGGGGACGGGCCCGGGGGGCCCGGGGGGCCCGGGUCCCCCUUAUUUUCGACCAAAAAGAGGCCCGAAGGGUCGAAAAAAAUUUUGGAGACCGCCCCCCCCCUUUAUCUCAACAUCUGGAUCCGCCGUUGCAUCAUACUAAUCAACUGCAUCAACAUAUUGUCACCAUCAUCAUUAGCGUCCUCAUCAUAAACCUGAAGCAUUCUUCUAAUCCAGUAGCUUCACCUCCCAUUUUGUUUUUGUUAGAACAAACCUUGCAAAGAACUACAUAGCCCUGGUUUUAGCUGCUUUCAUAAAUGCUGGACUGCUUGAGGUUAGUACUGAAAUUUUCUCAAAUUUCUUCACGCUACAAACUGAUCUUAUCCAACUCUGUCUUAUGUUGGCAAAUUUUGUGCGGUAAAAUCGGCAGUUGUCACUCUUGGUUGUGAACUUUAGUUUUAACUUGUAAAAGAGCUUGUUUUUAGCGGGGCUCGCACAGCCUCCAAACAAUUUUGGUUGUAACGAAAUCGUCCAUGUGUCCUUCCGUGCGCACGUCCACGUCUUUAUGUUAGCGGACAUUUACUAACGUGGAGUGCAAGGUAUAUACAGUCUGUGUUAAACUUGAUAUUGGACAUCCAUGUAAUGCUCAAUUGACAGCUGUCAAAAAAGGGUAUGCGCUGACCAGUGUCACCUGACUGUAUCACGGGCUCAGGUGUACAACUCAUUCAUUAACUCAAGUUCUCCGCUGACCAGUUUUUAAUGGAUCUUAGGCUCAGGUCCAUUUUUUAAUGUGGAAUUCAGUUAGAUACUUGCUUAUGGCAAAUGUUGAAUUGCUGCAGCACAAAGACUUUUUUUUAUAGGAUCCCAGGAGAGCUUUACUCUUGGACUUGACUAAAUCUAUGUAUUAAUACUGUAGUUUGAUUGUUUGUUUUUGUUACAGAGCCUUGUAGAGGUCAUAACGUCAUCCGACCCGUUCAUUUCAGUCAGAGCCACCAUUCUUUUAGGGGAACUGCUGCACUUGGUUUGUAAAAAUAUAAUAAUGAUUAUAAAAAUUUAUACUUCAUUAAGGAGACCGGCUGAAAGUUUGACCGGAUUCUUCGUUCACACGGAACCGUCCAAUAUAUUCGUUCUAUUUACACGGAACUGGUGAAGCAGGUUGAAUUUUAACUUUUGUCAGAGGUUUUACCUUUGCGGUACAAAAAUUUAGACGGUCGUAGUGUUCGCAUUGCGCCGGUUAAAUUUUUGCCCGAACCAGUCGAAAAUUCGUGCGGAACCGUGUGACCUUAGAUCACCUAAAGGCGAAAUACCAUUUUUAGUUCUGUUUCUUGGCUGUUUUACAAGAAUUCUUAUUCUCAACGUAACAAAAUAAUACUGGGAAGUGGUCUGUCACAAUAAUCACAAUAGUCACAAUAAUUUGAGUGAUCACUUAUUAGCAUUCGAUGCACAUUUUUCUUCCUUUACAUUGGCCGAGAGCCCACCACGUGACCUGCAAAUAACUGCCUACAAAUGUUGGUCUGCUCAUGCAUAAUGUCGUCCAACUGUGUUUGGAUUUAAGUGUUUGGAUGCAAAUAAUAUUCUGCUCAUGCGUAAUUGAUACUAAAUAAAAGCACGCUUUUCUCCUUCUUGCGCUCGCCUCGCUAUUGCGUGAAAAUGGCAGCUUCCCGAAGAUAUUUAUCAAAAAACAAACUUGGUGACUGAAUGUUAAAACAAUUCUUGAACUCGGUUAUUGUAAAAUAUCGUGAUUCGUCAGUGUCUCGCGCAGAUCAAAUAAUUGAUCUGCUCGCCACUUACAAAACACGAUAUUUUGCUAAACCUCGUCGAAUAACUGUUAGUAAUUUUUUUCUUUCGUUUUUCGUUCAAUUCAGGCUAACACACUUCUCCCCCCAGAGUGUAGUAGCCAUACACACUGUGUUCCCAUGCUGGUAAACACAGCGUCUUUGUUUGAGGUCACAAGCGAGGAAAGAAGGUGAGAAUAUUUUUUCGGACACUUAAACCUCAGUCGAGCCAUUUUUAGAGGAAAACAAAAAAGCCCUUUGCUAGCCCUCUGCUAGCAGAGGGCUCUCACGGGAAGAGAAGAAGGAAAGAAAAGAGAGAGACCUCUUCCGACCUCCUACGCGUUCUUUCUUGUAGCUGUCGACCACAUUUGUGGCCGAAACGUACUGGUUUUCAAAGCCGGUUUCGCUUAAUGUGGAAUGCGCGUGCCCUGUUGAGGCUGCACGCUGGAAAUUUCUGAGCCCACAGUUGUUAUCGCGCAAACCGGUUCUGUAAGUUGCGUCCCAGGUGACUAAAACGUUACCGAUUGUUAAGGAAUUGCCAGUGCAUGCGUGAUAGAAAGAAAAGGCAUCGGAGGCUUGCAUAGGUCUCUCUUUUUCCUAUCAUUUUGCUCUUGCCAUGGGAGACCUCUUGCGAGUAGGGAAUAAUAUCAUCUACAGUUAUCAAAAAAGGCGCUACUCUUUCGUGUUAUUCAUGUAAGCGCUCCUAAGAAUAGCGCCUGCUGUACAGACUGCUUUUUGGGUAGAGGUUAUUGAAGUUCAUUGUAUAGUGGAACCGUCCAUCCUGGGUCACCACCGAGUUCAAACAGUCACAUCCACCAGCAACAAUCACGGAACAUUGUGCUACUUGCAACGUGAUCAAGUGUAACAUUCACGUUGAAAAAGGGAAGAGAUACGUGAAAAACAAAACAAAGCAAAAACGCUCAAGGAAAAGCAAUAAGAAAAAAGUAAACAAAACAGUAAACAACAAAAGCCAAAUUUAACCAGUAAUUUCUUGUCUCCUUAUUCACCUCAGCGUUUCCAAGAAACGUAAUAUUCAGGAGUAAUGCUUAGGGAUAGCCUACCAAACAAUGGUCAAAGGGAGUUUAGUUUUUAUGGUAACGUGUUGUCAAAUUGUAUUGAUGACAUUAUUUUUUUUUAUUAACUUUUUAGUCGUGCCAGUAUAGCUGUUAACUGCUUGGACCGACUUCAUCAGACCAAGAAACGAGGCCUUGUUCCAUGCAGCCUAUAUCUCACCCUUAUUACUUCCAAGGUGAUGUUCAGAAUUUGCCCUGCCUUUAAGUCAAGUAGGCUUAAAACCAUUGGCAAUUGUCAGCUGUUUGUCGUUCAAUUGUCGGCCGACUGUUCACCUACUAAAUAAACGCAAAGACGGUCACCAACAGCUUAUGCAGUUGCGUAAGGAAGGCCUGAAACAAUACAGGCUUGCCGGGAUUCGAACUCAGACCUCUGCGAUACCGGUGCAGCACUCUAACCAAUUGUGCUACCGAGCAAACUGGUCAUUAAACUGUUGGCCGUUUGUCGGCCGACCUUCACCCAGAUGUCGGCGGAGUGGACUGUUGGCCAGCAGUUGGUCGACAGUCGAUGUUGGGGUAAUCGGAACUUCAAGAUACUGUGCAAACCUUAGACAAGCAUUCUGAACACUUCUGUACUCGUCUCCCCUUUCCUCUAACAAAUUUUCGCGAAGGUCUAAAAGCCCUAUCUAGUGAAAAAAGUUUCAUUUCCAUGUAUACUAAACUGAGAAGUUGCCUGUCGCAUUGGCGUAGAGCUGGUGUAGUUGAACAUCUUUUAAAAUGAUUUUGGACUUCAUGCUUUAGGCUCACACGUUGGAACCAAAAGUCAAACCAGACAAGCUUCACAGGGAUCGACUUACAGCCUGCCUUAGUAAAGUGAGUACUUUUAGUGUCAAUAACUGAUGAUGAAAGUGCAUGCUUUUAGAUAAGCGACAGUAAUCGUUAACGCCUUAACUUGUCACAAUGGCUAAGAAUCAAAUCAACCAGGGAGGCUCUUCGAAACCUAAGCAAAUAAUUUGUUGGCAUCAAGAGCCGGUAAACAUUUGUUACAGUAAGUCACAGUAAUAAUUAAGAGAUCUGGUUGACUACCUAUCAGUUAGAAAGAGUCUCGAAGGUUUUAUCCACUAACACGAACAAACUUCAGUAAUUUGGUCAUAACUUAAGUGAAAAGUAUACCGUCGCUUCAGCACCCUUUUUUAAUUAUUUAUUUGUAUUCUUGCCUUAAUAAGAACACAGGCUUGUAAAGCUGAUAAAAAAUUGAGUUCCUCUCUUUUAGUAAUAAAGUAGGUGGUCUUAAGACUAAGGAAAUCAUAAAAGUCUUUCGUGGUGUUUAACUGAACGACUUUAUCGUACCUGAUGUCUUUUUCUAGGAGAUUGAUGAUCCCAUUUUUGCUACUCUGCGGGACACACAGGUAACUGAAUAGGCCAUUUCAUUGGCCCUUUCCGAGUUCCAAAACCUCUCAAUUUCAAAACGAGGCGAAGUGCCAAACCUUUGUGAAAAUGACUUUUAUUUGCAUGAGAAUGGAAAAUGAUUUUCAUAUCAAUGGCUUCGCACUUAGCCUCGCUUUGAAACAGAAGCUUGAGGCAACUCAGAAGUGGCCUGUUAAAAAAGUAAAUUAUUCAUAUUUUACACUUUGACAAAUUAGUUGAUACUUUUUUGACUAAAGCACAUGUAUGAUAAUGAUUAAUACUUUCAUCAAAAAUAGUCCAAAGCAAUUUUUCGGUGGUACCGCCCUCUUUUAUUGUAUCGCUGCUUAGGAGGCCUGCGGCAGCAACAGGCAACCCAACAUUACCAGUGGAUCGUGGGAAGGGGGCUCUGUCUCUUACCUCCUAUAAAGCUAAAACUUUAAAUUAUUUUUCCUGAUUGUUUUUAUUUGUCAAAAAAACCAGCAACAUAAUGAGAUUGCUCUUCUUCCGAGCUUUUAGCUGGAUGAUUACAUACUAGGAUUUUUAAAGGCAUUACAAAAACCUACCACUCAUCAGUUAUUCUUGAUCGGUCGUAAUGGAAGUAAUUUGCACCUAGCCAACAGACAAACUCUGGUCGAACUCUGAUUUUAGGGUGUAUGCGGCUUGAGGAUUUUGUUGAAAUGCUGGUAGAAAUUUGCGUUUCUUUUCCUGUGAUCAGACAGAAUUUCUUCCUUUCGACAAGUCGCCCAAAUUCUGCUGCGGAACAAAGAUUUAGGCACAAAAAUUCUCCCUGUCACACGAAGUUAAAUGUCACUGCAACCUGCUCCGCAUCGUUUCACCGGGAGUUGCCGUCCGACGUAUGCACACCGAGUGGCUUGUUGCAGAGACGUAUCGGGGCAACUUGUCGCCUAGUGUGUCUCAAUCUUCAUGGUCUUGGGGUUAGUGCGGGCGACAAGAGGAGCCCGCAAUCUUAAGUCUCCAGGUUGAUAUUACGCAUGCGUCGCUUUUAUGUGACCAGCAUUUGUUUGGACUUCCACUAAGAAUGAAUGGAAUGCACAAAACGCAAUUUGAUCUCGCGCGUUUCGACCUUUUACCCCUUUACACAAAGCACAGCGAUGGAGGCCAUUAAUGUUUCAUGUUUUUGUUCUUUGCAAGGUGAUGAUGGAAAGAGAUUUCAGGAACUGGGAUUGGGAUCUUAUCGGGUCAACUCUUCAGGUAAUAUUAGUUUCACUUACGCGUAAAUUAAUCUUAUUUUGAAAGAGAAUGUAUGAAGUUCCAUAAAUUCACUUUCAUCUCUUCAUCUCAUACGGAUAAAGAGCGUUUUAACUCACGUGGCCAGCAUCAAUGGAAAUUUAUUGGAGCAAAAGAAGAAAAGAGUUCAAACAUAGGAUUGGCCCUUUUAUUGUUUUGAAAUACCAAUAUGGCCGCCGUGACGUCGUGGGAAAACGCUCAACAAACGAACUAUCAAAGUGACCAACUCCCAGUUAGCCUGUUAGCUCAAUUGGUAGAGCGUUGCAGCGGUAUCACGGAGGUGGUAGGAUCAAAUCCCGGCCGUUCAAGCCUGAGCAUCCGCGGGAUUUGCCUUAUCUCACAGCCAGGAUUUGGUAUUUUAAAGCAAAAUGGGCACGGGAUGCGGGAUGCCGAAAAUGACAAUCGAGAUUACGGGAUAUAGCGAAAGUUUCGGUCGUAAUAACGGGAUCGAGGAACCCUUGCGUUGACUUUGAGGCACAAAACGUUACGAACAAUAACCCGUUAAAAAAUCGACAGGUAUGUGAUUGUUGUUGUUCGUCCUUAAAAAGUCGAAGAUGACCAUGAUUUUAGACAGAAGACUAGCGGUGUUGGGUCUGAAGAUGGCUUGUGAGGCCAAUCCGAGCCCAGAAGACUGACCCACACAUGGGGCAUGAGUGUGUGAAAGCUGCAGUGCAGGUGGAGACUGCUUGGCUAUGCGCAAGGCGCCUUUCCUCUGCGCAUUUGCGGUUCGUCGGUUUUCUGUCGCACGGGCCUCAGUGAUGACUUUGCUACGCCAUGCUGGGUGUGGUUCUGGGUAAGCGACUCCCAAGUCUUGUAGUUGAUGUGCAGGUCUUUGAGGGGCUCUUUGAGGCAGUCUUUGAACCUUUUCUUCUCAACAACCUAGAUGAGUGAUGUACAACUUUUUGUAUAAAGUCAACGCUAUUGAUUAAGAAUGAUUUUAUUUUUCUUGUUUUUUUUUUAACAGUCUCCAUCUAUUACCAUGAGAAAACUGGAAGAAACUUCCAACCUGAAGUAAGUUCUCUUUGGCAAAUAAUUGAUAAGAAGCCUUUUACUCCAAGGCCAAAUUAGAGUUUUAGGUUUUGUAAAAUGAUGAAAAAUAAAUAGUACCAUGUGAGAGUACCGCUGAAGUGGUUUGAUUUAAAUGGCUACACCAUAGGAAUUUAUCCAUAGACUUGAAAGUUGGCACUUCGUGCUAAAAAAAAAUUACCAUGUGGAAGUACAGCUGAAGAGGUUUCAUUUGAAUGGUUACACUAUUGGUGAAAAAAAAAGGUGUAAAAAUUGUUAUUCAUUCGUGUUUUUUAACAACUUAAAACGAGUCUUUGCAUUAAUUUCAUUCCAAAAAUGAUGGUCCAUGUUUAUUAUUUAAGACUGUAUUCAAACAUUGAAACUGUUUCUUGCUGUUUGUUGCUGCGGACAUGGACAUGGAUUGAAACUUUUAAAAAUUGGGCCAACCGUUUCAAGUUUUAAUGCCAUGUCCGCAAAAAUCAGCAAAAAAUAUUAUGACCAGUACUCCCUAAUAACAUUUGUUUGGUGUCUUCCUCAUAACGCGACAUGAACAUUUUGGAUGUGGCUGAAGUUAGUACUGAAGUAAUGACUUCAGCACAUUAUUGACCAAAACAGCAAUAUGAUCCUCCUGACGUAAGCCCUUUAAAGAAGUUAAGUCAGUGUAUGUAGUAUGGUAUCGAUUCAACUCCCAUGGUGUUCUGAGAUUCUUUAUUUGGUUUUUUAAACGUGCCCUGGGAUUUCCUGCUCAUGGCAGACUAAAAACAGCUUGCUAUUUUGAUGAUUUCCUUGCAGGUUCGUCCGUAACCUUCUGUACUUCUAUAAGCCCAGCAGUCAGCGAUUCUGCGUUGUUCACAUAUCAGACCCGCAAGCCAAAACAUUCUCUGAAGUCGGAUGCCUGCUUGUAGAUUUCCUCAUUGAAAAUGAAGACGUAAGAGUCAUUGUUAGGUUAUGUUCAAACCAUACCAGAUAACGUUUUAGCCUGCGAAAACAUCCGUUUCUCCUCGCUCUUCGCCGCUGGGGACGUUUCGCGCGAAACGUUCACUGCGAAACGUCCACAGCGGCGAAGAGCGAGGAGAAACGGAUGUUUUCGCAGGCUAAUAAAGUUUGCGCCGCCACGGAAAUCAUACCGGAUAGGACUUCCGUUAACACACAAGAACCGUCGUGGCGGCGCGAUGCCGCUUUUCGCCGAUCUUGAAAGUGGAGCGUCAUAUUUCGGAUAGGUUUCGUACCAUACUUUGGUGCAGAGUGAACACCAAUUCGGCCCGUUUCGGAAGUAAAAAAGUAGGAGCGAGGACUGGAGCCCACUGAGACGGAAGUAAAUAUCCAGGAGUGAGAACUGGAAUUUAGAGCAUCAAACCUUCUCGGCUAACCGCGCCGGCACGGCGUUCGAUGUGUGUGAUCGACUUGCGCUGGUCCUGGUUCGUUGCUGUUCAUACAAUACCGGCUAGCUUUUCGUGGCUCCUGUGAUUAUAAAAUUGCUUUUGGGCUUAACAUGGCGUGACCUUUUUCAUGUAACUGUUGGCGAGGCUAUUGAAUGAAGUUGAUUAGGUUGUGAGGAAUUCUGCAGAUUGAGGAGGAUAUCGGCCUCGGUGGAUAACAUCCUCCGAGAUCCUCAUAAUUCUUCACAUCAUACGAAAGCCGAAUUCAAUAAUUGUUUUAUUAUUCAUUCAAAAUAUUUCUAAGUUCUUAACAUGCUUACCUCCUCGUAGACUUUCUUCAAAACACAAACCUUAAGCCUAUUUCUCGGCAUGGUUUCAGGAUAUAAACAGAUGUUUUACCUUGCAGCUACUCCUCAAAAAAAAGAUAACAUCCGUCCAGGAAUAUGUUUUGCGUAUUCUUGCUUUGCGUCCAUUCACUUGAAGUCAGAAAUUCAGCUAUUUCGUCCUCGAAUAGCUGAGAACGCCAUUGUUUUUGUUCAUUAUUGCCCAAGUAGCCUCGUUUCCAAUCAAAUAUACCAUCGAAUCGAUGAUAUUUUGCUCGCUUCUUCCAAAUAUGGUCGAAGAAUUAGCCAGGGGAUAGGAGCCAAUCAGAAACGGCAAAAUAUUUUGAAUGAAUGAUAAAUUGCUUUAUUUGUAUCCUACUGACUGCAUAUUUUCUUUAACAGCUUACAGAGGGACUAAUGCUUCAAGAACUGGUGGUUGAUAUUGGUGAAUGCCUGCAAGAGGUAACCUAUGUUUACAAAAUUCGCAACUUUAGAAACGAGAAGGUAGCUGGGCCAAGUUUACUUUUGCAAAGACUUCUGGGAUUGUUACUAGGGACAGGGGAAAACAUUUGGCCAAUAGCUGACCGGCGCGUCCCCAGUCACGAUCCCAGAAACAUUAGCGAGACGCAUUUCGGUUCCAAUCCCUUCUCGUUUCUAAGGUGGCAAACUGGAGCCGAAAGUGUAAAGCUCUUGCAAGCCGCUUAAUUGAUGAUCUGCUAAUGAUAUAAUAAGCGUUUGAAGUUCUCUUUUAACAUGGCGAUAAAUCAUGGUAGUUUAAUAUGUUAAACUUUUUAAUGUGUUAAACUUUGUUAUAUAAGCCAAGGAGAUAACUGAUGAGAAUUCAAAAAAUAACGUUGUCUUCUAACGACGCCUUGUGAUAACUUGUACUAAUUCUAACAUAAUUGAUUAUUUGUGCUUUUCAUCUCUUACUGUAGGUUCUACUUCAACAUUCUAAGGUAACAGUUCUUAUUUUAAAUGUCGGCUGCCUGAAAAUUUACCAAGCAAAAUGUAUUUAUUAAAGCGCUUUUAGAUUAUUGACGUUAGUUGAACGCUUUCUUUUUAAUGUCUUGCAAUUUAAUUCGCGGUCAUAACUCAGCUUAUAAUAGUUACUGCCCUUUUAAAUGCCAUAUUCCACGAAAGGGCAAAUAUGGCGAAUCCUGUGUUCUGAUUGGCUAUUCGAGCGGGCAAGAUUCGGACCUACCGUUGCAUUCUAAAAAUUGCCCCCAUCCCCCACCCCCGCCUAAUUCCCAAAUACAACCCGUUUGGGCUUAUAUGUGGAAAUUGCCCUCACAUACAAAAAAAUUAUUCCCUUUCGGAAUUAUACCAGACAAACGGGACGUGCCUGAUGUAGUUGGGAGGUGCUCUGUAUGGGACUAUCACUUUAGGCCCCGUUUGCAACUUACCUUUCAGUCGUUUUUUGUUUAAGCUAUUUAUUAGAGAGAUUUUGACUAAUUAAUCUCAUCGACAAGAUGAGAUUGGGAGUCGGUGCCUUAAAGGUGGAAGGGCCUAUAGCGCGAAAGGGGAGCAGUGCCUUCCAGGUAACCAUGGCAACCAAGCGAGCGCCAACCAGCCGGCACCGUUCAUUGAAAGAGUUCAGUGGAAUACUUACUACAACCCAUACUUACCUAUCCGGGGGUGGGAUGAGUGGGAGCAAUGCCAGCAGAUAUCACAAGCUAUGAAUAGCAAUGAUCCGCAAAGAUCAGUAAAGCAAAGCAGACCUGAGAGAUGCAAUCACAUAUCAGCCCCUGCAGACCAGGCGGCCACCCCACACAAGCCUGCCUGCCUGUGACUCAACCGCUGACCUGCUAGCGUUGUCUCGAGGUUAACCUUGCCUUAAUUACAAUUUAGCCACAUUAAAAUUGUCGAGAUAAAUGAAAUAAUUAUUUAUAACCUGUCAUCCCCAGGCUUUGUCUCCUAGCAUCACAACUGGUGUCCUUAGUAACAACAAUGUCCUGAGCACGCUUAGCAGAGAUUAUUUUUUGUUCCUUGGUAAAGUGGCGUGCACAAAAGGUGGCUCAAAACUGCUCGAGAGAACUGGAAUAUAUCAAUAGUGAGUGCGCCGUUUAAUCUCAUGUUUUCCGUUUAGGGUUAGAUCAUCUUGGUAAAAAAAACUAUGCUCUUUUCUGGUAUAACCUUUAACAGUUAAUGCUUUUUUUUCCAGAGGGAUUAAUUUUAAUUACUCGUUCAGGGGAAACAUCCAGUCAAGUCAACUUUAUUUAGGCAGGGUAGCCCUAUCAGCCAUUGACUGGUAUCAAAAGAGGCCCUGCGUAAAUUACAACUACACGAUAAAAAUUAAAAAUAACUUUAAAAUUAUGUACAAGGAUUUUGAAAAGUGAAUAAAAUGGAAAUUACAUAUCUUCAUAAAUAUCACAAUUUGUUUAAGAUUGAGAGCACAUCUCGCGCGACUAUAUCUCGCGAGCGACAAAUUCGAAUUCAGUUAGGGCCACUUGACCAAUAAAGAUCGCUAGGAUCGAUUUGGCGAUCAGACAAUUCAGCGAUCACAGUGAGUGAAUGCAAACAGCUCUGUAAUCAAGCGAUCAGUGUUGCCCAUUGGAUAGACUUCAUUGACUCUUCAUUUCUACUGUACCCUUGUGUCAGUAUGAUCGCUACAAUAGUUCAAUCGUUAAAUUUGAUCGCAGUAAUGUUUUACAAAGAAAGCCUAACUUAGUGCAUCCACGCAUUUCCGUUUCUCGGGAAUAAUUAAUGCUUUGUUACUGUCUAACUUCAUGUUUCCCGCCAAAACUUUUUGAGCGGAGCCGCUCCAAUCCAUAAGUUUUGGCGGGAAAACAGUUUUGUCAGGUGACCUCGCCUAGCCCUUAAGACAACGUGCUACAGUUAUCUUAAAUUUCCUUUUCUCCAGAAAGAUGAUUUGUCAGUCAAUGACACAGGCGGCUCUAUUUUCUUGUUUCCUAGUUUGCUUGAACUUUGUUCCUUGCCGUCACGUGACAGCCUUCAGAAGCUGAUCGUAGCCAGCCUGGAUUACAGCCACAGUGGAAUUCCCAGGAUUAUUUUAUCAAAGAUCCUGACGGCUUCCAGUCCGGUAUUUACUAUGUAUUAAUUUUCUUGUCCCAGUGCUUUUUGCUUCCUCUUAUUUUAAAACCACUACGUUUAGUGAUCUGUCCUGUGUACUUUUUACAUUAAUCAUGGGUUGAGUGAAUGAUAACUGCUGACAGAGACGGUUUUGCCAAGUCGAGCUUUAAGAUUGGUAAAAAAAAAAAAUUAAUGCCACUUUCUCGACCAAUCAGAAAUUUGACUAAAUUCACGCAAAUCCCACACCUGGCCUCAGGUAUGCUCCUACAAGAUCUGCCGUGCUUGGUUCUGCCGUGCUCGAGUUCAUCUAAUUGCCGUAAUCGCCUGCAAAGCUGUAGCCUGUGUAGCAGGUGCCGGUUUUUUUUGGGGGGGCGGGGGGGAGGGGGGCGAGGGGAGCAAAAAGAGAAAUACCGAGGUCGCACGCGCGUAAGUGGCGAAGCCAGGAAAGAGCGCGCGAACGAGCCGCCAGACCGCGAGCUUCGCCGCUCUCGCACUCCACCCGGCACUUAGCUUGUUUGCGCACCCAAGCCAAACCAGCGGAGGUCAAAAACGUGAUAGUUUUAGUGAGCAAAACAAUUACUCUGUGCGUGCAUCACGCUAAUCUCUACAUUUCCCUGCCGUCCUGCACAACUACGACCUGAAAUGACCAAAGUUUUUGUUCAGUUGAGAACAUUAACGCCAAGGCGUUUAAUUUUACCGUAUCUCUCUAUGCUCGGACGCCGUUCCUUGUCUUCAGCUCCAGCUUAUUUUCCUGAAUUUUUACAGACUUAACGAGUUGGAAUAAUCCAGAAAAGGUUUGAAAGGACGCGAAGUCAGUUUCCCACUGGCGUUGCCAGUAAUAAGUUUGCACCACUAAGUUGAUAGGUAGACUGCAGAACAGUCCGUAUUUUUGCCUAUUCAAUUACGCGCGAACAGUCAAACAAGAAGUCUGAAGCGAGUCUGAAAACAGAGAGCGAGACUGGGGAGAGACGCUAAAAAUGCGCGCCGAGACUCGCGAGCUUCGCGCGCGUGAGACUCUUACGCUAUUCUUACGCUACGCCACAACCGAUUUUGAGAAAAAAAAACCGACUGUUUUGCAGUCUAGUUGAUAGGUAAAAUAAGUCAAACAAAAUAUCAGUUUGUAAUACUGUAUUACUGCUAUCAUUGUCUCCUUGCAGGCCACUCGACUGUAUGCUACCAGUCAUAUGCGAGUUCUAUUACGGGCGCGUGUCCUCUUCUUUCAUAGCUGGGGCAUUGAGCUACUUGUUACACAGGUAAUACCAUUAUGUGUCACGCUACUUUCUGUUUUGUUUGUUUUGUUCUUUUGCUUGACGGUAAGGCUGGUUUCCGUGUGAUUACUCCGAUCGCUGAAAAUUAAGGAAAUCCCAGACCACAAAAUAUUCAUAAUUCCGAUCGCGGAAUCAUAAUAUAGUUCAGUCUAUGUGUAAUCCAAGUGUCAUAAUGGAUUUACAAUUAAGAUUAAGCUGUUUAGGUAUAAGACGUUUAAAGAUGGAAGGUGUGCAAAUGACGGCUGUUUUCGAAUUUACAGUUGAUUGUUUAUUAUCGAUACGUUUCUGCGAGGUAACAAAAGCAUUACUUUUUCGUUUUUUACAGCUUUAUGACACUGACAGUGACGUUGCCAUGGAAGCCGCUGACGUGCUUGACGAGGCUUGCGAGGAUGAAGUAAGCUGGACACAAUUUAUUACAAUUUAAUGGCAAUUAAUUAAUGAAUAAUGGUCAAAAAUAAGGAUAAAAAAGGCCAUAAGAACGAUUUGUAGGAGAGUUGCAGCGACCGAAAUGAAACAGAUCACCUUAUUCACGAUAGAAGCCUGGUGCUGAAAAUCAUGAUUUAAAAUAAUGAUCACUGGUCCUUUCUCGUUUUGAACCAGGAUAAAAUAUUAAGAAUUCAACUCCAAGAAAGUUCACCAAUAUUUGACAAAUUGAGCGGGUCCAAGUAGACGCGAUGAAGUUUGAAAGGAUGCAGAUUCAUAACCUGAGAUCAGGCUCAAUUUUCGUUUCGCUUUGUAAAUAACAUUCCGGCGGGCAAGGCGAAACGAAAAUUUUAGCGGUAGCCGUUAGAGAGAAUGUAUGAGAACCGCUAAAAUUGGGCCUGAUCUCAGGUUAGCAGAUUCAUUUUUAGAGACGUUUUCAAUGCCGUCGUCGUGGUCGUUGCUUAAGGUCCCUACUAUCGUUUAGAUACAUUGAUUUUGUUACCUCUGCGUCCUGCGUCCCUGCCGCAUAAAAAUUCCCAAGGAGGCACAAAAGUUCAUGGCAUGUGUCUCACAGGACACAAAGAUCGAUCGAUCGAUCUGAAGUUGUCUUUUAGAAUAUCCUGUUCGUCUGCAGUUCUUGUGGCUGUAGUUUAACGACGUAUAUAUUUUUUUAGUCUUCGUUGUGCUUUACAAAAGUCUAAAAAUUAGAAUAUCUUUUAUCUGUCUGGUCACAUAAAGGCCCAAGCAUUUUCAAUUUAAGAAUUGUUGUUUGUUGAACUGGGACUCAUGAUUUGUUCACGAGAUAAGUCCUAGGACUCACCGUCACUAUUUGUAACAAAAUCACUGAGAUAACGUAAGAUACACUGAGAUAAAGGUUUCCCUAAUACAUAUUCACUUGAAAGUAAUUUAUCUGGUGGAUAGCGCUCUACACGUUUUAGACUACUGGGGUCAGAUCUAUUAUGAUGUCUUUUUAACAGGCAAAUCUCCAGUACCUAGUAGAGCUAAGUCCUGUGCUACUUCAUCUGGGCGAUAAAGGUAUUCGUCUUUUGACAAGGUGAGUUUUAAGAGAUGUAACUGAAAUUUGCCUUGUCAUCAUGCAGGGUAUAUUCAGACUUGGCCAGUGAGGGUCACCCCCCACCCUCGCCUCUGAAAUUGUAGAGAGCCCUUUUUAAAGAAUGGGAGCCAAGGCAUUUGAAAAUUUUUGAACCCUUUGGUUUGAAAUUUUUUGGCCUACAAUAUUCUUUCACUGUUUUUAUUGUGAUCGUCUUCAUUUCAACAUCUGGUAACUGGUUAGUUUGCUUUUAAAAUUGUCGUUUGAGUUAGCGAACCUUAGCGAUCUCGUUAUCUCAGCUUGAAAGAUGAGAUCACAUCUUAUUCUUCGUCACGCAACGCUCAUCCACAUAAGGAGUGGCGUUGCGUGACGAAGGAGAAAAGGGCUUUGUAGGAGACUAUGUGUGUGAGUGAAAGACAAAGAAACGUUCCCUGAAUCUUAGUUUGCAACACAGCAUCAAUGGAUGACAAGUUACACGAAUAUUUCCUAUUCCUUGAUUUCAGCGGCCUUUGUAACAGUUACAUUUUUUGCGUUUUAGGUUCCUCUCUGUGGAAAGUGGGCUGAAAUAUCUCAAUUAUCGAAACUAUCUGAUUCCCCUUAUGGAUCAAUGGAGAAUGGUACUAAUUUUAUAUUUAUUUUUUCCAGACUAGAAGGCGCGUAUGGUAGGCCAAGGGGAUUUUGGGCCCGCCCGCCCGAACCUUUUCCAGCGCCUUCUGCGCAGGCUAUGGUUUUCUGUGACCCUUACUUAGAACUUUGUAGCCUUUUGCGAGACUGGCUUAGCCUUCUGGGAGACUCGCACAGACAGGAAACUAGAAGUUAAAAUUGUUAUUGUGUUCCUCUGGUCCUUAAGGUUGUAUAUUAUGGGGUAGUGAUAACGAGUCCGUAGCAUUAAAAUCGCGUCAUUAGUAAGCAUAAGUAAAUUCGUAUUUGUCACAAAUCUCUAAAGUGCAGUCUAGAUUUCAAUUCGUGCGUGAUAUCACGAGGUUUUGAGGCAACGGAGAACAUGUAUGAUACGUCAUGAUUUUAACAUUAAAAUGAGGCAGGUAGCUUCCCUGGAAGCGAGGUAAAAUUGCGCCCGCGAGAAAAUGGUCGCCUUUCUCGAUUUUGUGCCACAAAAUUAGGAACGCAAGGAGCGAUAUUUUAAUGAUAGGAACGUAACAACUCUUCAUUUAAGUCAUAAAAGUCACGAAAAUGUCACGAUUGACCCACUUGAAAAACGUUCAGUUUAAUGGUUUGUUAGUCCUUCUGGUACUUGAAGUGAAUUGACCUGAGUAGCAUACUCUUCACUUCAUUUUGUAGCGAACGAAUGAUUGGACGCUGAAUAUUAGCGCGGACGGGGUGUAGUCCCCGGUACUCGUUCGUCGAUUUGUCCAUCACGUGACAAAAAAUUGUCAGUAAACCAAAAAAAUGGAGGAAAGGGGGAGGAGAACAAAAAAACAUAGAGGAAACGCUGUUUCUUUUUCUCCCCUCGCUCCCACCCUUCAUUCCUAUUUUUGCUCUCGUCCUUUUUUCCCGACUAACUCUCGCGGAAACGCUGGCUACGCAGACUUGCAAAAACGCGGGUAAAAAGUAGUGGUUUGGGGUGAGGUGUCACAAAGCUAACUUCACUUUUUUUCUUGGUAUUGUGUAUGCAAACGUUUUGCGAGAAAUUGUAUAUUUUUUUUCCGUGAAAUUGCCCACCUACCCCUCCCCUAAACCAACAUUAACACGUUUCAUUUAGGGAAAAAUGUUGGCUUAGGGGAGGGGUAGGUGGGUUGUUUCUCAGAAGCCUAAAUAGUGUGUGUAUUUGUUGGUUUGUUAAUUGGAAGCACUACAAUAAAGCGUACGUCCACUGGGUAGAAGAACUACUGGCGGAGUCCCUGACCUCAUAUGUCAAACAAAAAGACGAGAAUACUUUUAUAAGAAGAACAAACAAAAGGUACGGUAGACCCAAAUAGGAUCGAAGUUGAAAUGAUAUGGUCUUUCUUGUCUUAUCUGUUGUUUGAGCAUCUAUCACUGUCCCCGUCAUCGACCACCACUCUUGCCUCAAAAACAGCCGACAUUUGGCGACGCUACCUCUGGUUUCCCCCCGAAAUGACGUCUGGAAAACGACUGCAGAAAUUCCUUACUGAUGACGUGUCACUACCCAGAUCUGGGUAGUGCUUCUGAUUGGCUGAAACCAAUUUCUCCACGACCAAUCUGAAGCUUUACCCAGAUCUGACGAGUGACCGCCCAUCAUUAUGGCAUUUCUGCGCUCGUUUCUCCGACGUCAUUUCAUGAGGAAACCAGUGGCUACCACUUCUCGUAAGUGAAGCAAUAGGGAGCUCAAAGCCUGGUUUUCACUAACGCAUAAGCAUAAACAUAAAGACAUACGUACGCGCAGAAUGGCAUUUUUGACUCAAUUCUCGAUACCAGCUCUCCUCAACCCGAUGAUAAACAAGAUGGUGGACGAAGUGUCCGCCAUAUUGCUUUUGAUAUGUUCGCAUGAGGUCUGGGUCAAAGUGACCUAUGAUUAGUCCACGGCCUUGUGCUUAUGCUUGCGCUUAUGUCAACCCAGUUUUCACUAGUCAAAGCUACCACAUAAGCAUAAUCGUAAGCACAAGAACGAACUUGUUCGUAUAUACUGUGCUUAUGCUUAUGUCGACCCAGUCUUCACUUGCUUACACAAGUGCUUGUGCUUAUGCUUAUACUUGUGCGCUAGUGAAAAACAGGCUUAAACAACGACGACGGCGACGUCAACGAGAACGGCGAAAAAGCAAUAGGUUUAGAUUAGCAAAAAAACAACUCUGCACGUGCAUCACGCUUUUGUGUACAUUUCUUUGCCGUCACUGCACGACUACGACGUGAAAAUGCCUAAUUUCACGUUUUGUGGAGAACGCGAACACAAGACAACAACUUUAUUUUUCUUUUGCCAAACUUUGAUACAGUCUUUUAGAAUUCAACUCCAGAAAAAAUUGCAAACAUUUGACGAACUGAACGAGAUGGAAUAAGCGCGAUAAAGUUUGAAGCAGCGCAACUGUACCUGUUAAGUGAGGUUUUCGUGGCUGUAGCCCUCGUUGUUUCUUAAACUUUGUAAGAAGAUCAAUCUUUUGAUCUCCGUUUUGUUUCAGAACGGUUGUAAAGGAUGCUUACCUCCCUCCCCAUCUGUACGGCCAGUUAGUUCAAAAGAAAAGUGGAUUCAAACUUCUCCAGAAAACUGUAAGUUCCAUGUUUCCUUUAAGCGGUUGUUUUGGUUUCGCUCAUUUUGCUAGCCAAUAGAGCGUUUUCACUCACGUGGCCAGUAUCUAUGCAAAAUCAUAUGAACAAAAGAAAGCGUGCACAUAAGAGGUCAACUCCCACAAGUACUGGUUUGGAACGCCAAUAUGGCCGCCGUGACGUCAUGUGAAAAUACUCUAUCCCAUUUGGUUGAAUAGACCUUUUUACCGAUACGGCGGCCAUAUUGAAUUCAUUCGAUUUAAGGAGUGUUAUAGGAUGCCCAGGGGGCAUGAGCACAUUUCGUUUGUAUUUUCGAGCGCUUUUCGGGACAUUUUUUCGUUAAGUAUUCUUAGAAUAAGAUUCUAAUGGGAAAAAAGAUCCUUGUGCCGUGUUUGGAUGUAAUAAUGUUCGCCUUUUUCUAGUUUAGUAUUAGAAAUAUGGUCUUUCACUGUAUAUUUCUUGGGAAAAAGGCAUCAUUAUUACAUCCACGGCACGGCACAAGGAUCUUCUUUCCCAUUACAAUCUUAUUCUAAGAAAACUUUACGAAAAAAUGUACCGAAAAGCGCUCGAAAAUACAAACGAAAUAUGCUCAUGCCCCCCUGGGCAUUCUAUAACACUCCUUAAAUCGAAUUAAUUCAAUAUGGCCGCCGUAUCGGUAAAAAGGUCUAAUUUGGCUCAUUUUCCUGACGCAGCUCCUUCAAGCUCAAAUCAUACCCUCUUUUCCCACUUUAGAACGAUGUCGAACUGUUAGUUAGCACACUACAAACAGUCGAGCCUAAAACAAGAGAAGACGUGUUGGAAAUCAAGGCCGCUCUAUGGGCUUUGGUGAGUACUAUAGAAAUUCAAUAGUUACGGACAUUUUUUUCUAAAAAGAGACAUAUUGCCAUCUGAAGAAGUUUUGAGGAUUGCCACACUUCAUGGAUAAACCGAACGGUCAAAAUUCAGCAUCAAUUUGGACAUCGAAAUAAGUAGAGCCACAGGCAAGUACUUCUUGUUAGCUUUCGUUUGAAAGGUUACACUUUAUGAUUUCAUGCACAGACUCAAAAGUCAGAAUCACCUUUUACAGCAUAAUAAACUUUACCACGGGAGAAUUAAGCUUGACAGCUGUUUUCAUUGAGAUGACCUCACAUCCAACACACUUCUAAAUGUUAGAGUCACCUUGUCGAACGUAGCAAACUCAAGCACCUAAAAGUUUGUGGCCAUCAACAGAAAGAAAGUCAUCUUAAGGUGAUCGAAAAUUGUAAUUUGCGUUGGGUUAAGGUUUCUCUUGUUUUCAGGGACAUGUCGGCUCUACUAAUUGGGGUAUCAACUUUCUUGUGGAGGAAGCAAUCGUUCCAUUGAUUGUAAGUCUGGCAGAAGAAUGUGAAAAUUUUACCAUAAGAGGGUACGUAAUGUUGCUUUUUUUUAGACAUUUUAAACGAUAAUUACGCAGAUCCAGAUAUUAUCAUUAUUUUGUAUGAAAGAGGCAGAUCACUUUUCUUCCAUACAACACACUUAAUUCCACGCCCUUUUUUGGUUUGAUUUUGUUUUGUUUGUUUUCCAUUCUGCUGUGCCACGGUCUGCAAAAUGACAUCAAAAUGUGGCAAGAACGAGAAAGCGCAGCCAGUAGGUCACAGGUCGAAUCUGUUGCUAUUCUCUUACCGCAAUUUCACGUCAUAAUUGAUCUUUAACGGGACAGAAGCAUGGUGGAAAAGUAUUUUUUUCCCUAGCCGUAAUUACUGUGAUUCUUUUGUUUUAUAUAUUGGUUGUGAUGAUUGUUUUUGUUUUCAAGUGCCAGGCAAAAUGGUGUAGGUUCAUCAGGUGGUUUUUGAGAAAGUAAAAGUUAGACCGCCAGAAAGUGGUUAAAAAACACGCCAACAAAUGAAAACCUGACUAACUAUUGAGUAUUACCAUAUUCAUCUUCUUCCUGUGAUUGAGACAAUAUGAGUAGAUUCGAAUAAGAAACUUAUUUGCUUUGAUUAAUACAUGAAGCAUUGCUGAGGGUAAGAGGCAGUUAAAAGAGUCAUUUUAAAAAAAUGUCAGCUGUUUUCUUAGGCUACUUUUUCUCUCGUUGACAGAACGUGCUAUUACGUCGUGGGUUUGAUCGCCAAAACUCGUGAAGGCACAGACAUCCUUCAUGAUUUAGAAUGGGAGAGUAUUCGACACAUCGGCGAAGACGCGUGGCCACUCGUAGAGACGUCAAUCGAAAACAAGGAGGAGGUUAUCCCCUUCGGACAUAUCCGUGGGGAAUCGCUGAGCACUCCGGUCUCGGGUUCAUCGUUUAGUAGCUACCCGUUCGGCGCUAUGACCGAGACUGAUCGAGCCGGGGGAAUAUACCUCGGGGAGGAGAACAAAGACACAGAGGGAUCCACUGCGUAUGACAAAUUGAGCGGGAUUUACCUAGGAGAGGACAAGGGGCCUACCCGCAAAGCAUCGCGUGAUGAUUCAAACGAAGGUGGGAUUUUAUCGCAGUGGUACAAAAACGCUGAAAGGAUGAGGAAGAUCGUGACACGUGAGCGCGGACAUUAUGAUGAAAGAAGUGGAGUCUACUUAGGAGAGGACUCUUCAAGUGCCACGCCUCCGAGUGAUGGUAUCCAACUCCCCGCCCCGGGAGGGAUAAUGGAACGGCUUUUCGCCGAGUCUGGCUUUGACAUCAAUAUGCUGACAAACAGGGAGUCAAAACUGACGCAUAAAAGGAAUUUCAGUGAGGGAAAUUUCACAGGCGGUAGUUUCCGCGAGAAAAUGGCUCCAUACGAGAGAUUUGAGAGUAAAAGAAGAGCGCAUUCUAAUGUCGAUCGGGUUCCACCACCACUACAAACCGUUGGAGAACAUACUGGUGGUGAUCUUCUCUCGCCGAAUAAUCAUGGACUUGUGCCUUCUCAUAAACACACCGUGAGUGCUCCUUGUGAAACGGAUUUGAGUCGCGUGGAUAAAAUGUUCGAUCGGGAUCGUGCGGAUGGACGCAGCCUGUCGGAGACCUCUUCGGACUCCGCGAUUAAAAUGGAUAUCCGGCGCCGUAGUGACAGCGAAGCAACUGACUUAUCUACCCCAAUAUCUAUGCACGUGCGGUCUGGAAGUAAUCUAAGUAGUGCUAGUAUGGACAGCGGUGAUUUUCUAGAAAUGUACAUUUCGUCACGCAGCCGUGCUAGUAGCAGCACGAGCGAGCCUGGGGUUUAUUUGCAGACGAAUAGUCCAACUAAUCAAAGUUUAAUGAGUAUUGCAUCAGAUGAUACUUCAAAGACUCUUGAUGAUAAAGAUCGACCUCUGAACUCUUCUGGAGAGAGCUUCCAAGGCGUUCUUUCUUUAGAGUCCCCGCCCUCGGGAACACUUGUGCGGGAUGCAGCCCGCAGCUCGAGCCCUGUAGGGAAUGGCAUCCAGAAAGAAGAGCGCAAGAAUUUCCCAGGAGCAGAGCGAUUACAGAAUGAACUUGAAUCACGGCCAAGGAGUUUGAGCUUUACUGAGAAACGCCGCAUGGGGAGCCCGUCCCUCGGGAUGAUACCCGAGACCCGCAGCUCUAGUUUUAGCGGGAGCACGGAAUUCUCUAAAAUUGCCACCAAAAGUCGUUCGAGUACCGUUCCCGAGUUGACUCACGUUCCACCAAUGGAGAAUUUAAACGAUUUACAAGGUAGCUGCAAAAGCUUAGCCGAAGUGAAGAUCUUAAGCGAUAAGACGAUUGUGUUCCGUGCGAGCAGCGACCCUAAAACAAGGGCCUUGAGUGUAGACAGCGCAAGCACGAGUGGACUGAGACGAGACCGACUUUUAGCAAACAGCAGUCAGCUUAGCUUAGAUGAGUCGGACGCCAGCGUCUCGCGAAGUCGAGGCAGUUCCUUUGAGAAAGCGGAGGUUGCAAGGAAACUGGGUCUUAAAUCCGGGGAUUUGUCGCCCGCUAAGCGCACGCGCAGUACGAGCAGCGGAAACUCCUCAACUGAUGGAUAUUCUUCGAAAAGGAUUUUGAAUAAAAACAAGCUGUGUAGCUCUAUUGAAAACAUCACGGUGGUCUCGGGCGAUACACGCAGAAAUUCAUGCGCGAGCCCUGAACAGUCACUGUUUACAAGCUCAAGGAAUGCUUUUGGUUAUACGGCGUUAAGUACGCUACGGCGUCAAAGAAGCUUUAACCGUGAAUUGGAAGCUAAAGUAAAUGCUUUCGGUGCCGCAAGAACAGGGUAAGAUACACUUCUUUAUGCUCCGUGUAAAAUUGUUUUGUAAUUCUAAUUUUGCCCUUUUCACCUCUCGAGUCAACAUACUAUUGAUCCGAAACAUGCAGCUCGCUUCUUUGGCCGAGAGGGAAGCUGGGUCGAGUUAACUUUUGCAAAGACUUCUGGGACUGUUAUUUGGAAGAGCAAAAAAAAAAUGGCCAACAGCUGACAUGUGCGUCCCCAUUAACAAUCCCAGAAACAAUUGCGCGACACAUUUCGGCUCCAGUCCCCUUCUCGAUUUUAAAGUGGCGAAUGAAGUUAACUUUUGACUCAUAUCGGCUCUUGGUUCUUCUUACAGUGGGGGCGAGGAACGCGUGACGAAGCCUAAAGGACGUAAUUUUCCCUUCCCCCACCCGGUUCCCCUUAUCAUACUCAUCACAGGAGAUUAAGAUGGCGAUCUCUCGAACUCAGCAAUCAAUCUUGAAAAUCAUUCAGGUAUGUUGGAGGACUUUAAAGGGUCAAAGUGUAUCAUAUUAAUAUAUGUUGUUUUCGGUCUUUUUUUCUUUCUUCCUUUAGCUAUGCAAUAUCCCGCUCCAUGUCUGCCGUGGAAUUCUCUUCAUACAGUAACAAGCGUGACAGUUUGGCAAGCAUUUCCAGCGCAUUUGAUUACCGGCAGUUUACACCUUCAAGCAAAAAUACCGUUAAUGAAUUCCUUGGUCUUAGUCUCCCUCUAGAUCUCAGCAGGCUCUUCCAGGUACGUACGAUAGGGUUUGGUGUUUACUUUUUUCACAGGCUAUUUCAGCGUAUUAACUGUGUUAAAAAGUCAAAUUCUCUCUUCUUAUUUCGUGACCGCUUUUAUAGAGGAUAAGCUAAACAUAUUUCUGACCAAACAGAAGCAGGUAAUUCAAAUUUCUCUGGAACUGGUUCGUAGGGCCUCCUCCGUUUGUGGUAAACUUUCCCUGUAAUGGCUUUGCCCGUAGAUAUCGUAUCCCAAACCGCUUCGCCGGGGCAGAUUUCCCUUUUGUGAAUGGUCGUUGUCAUUUUAAAUAAAAGUGUAGGAAUUUUGGCCUGUUAUCAAAAUUGCUCAUAGUAAAGACAUGAAUUUGACAAACCAGAGUCGAACCAGUGCCUUUCGUGUGCUAAUUUCUCUCCCUUGCCACUAAACUACCACAUUGGCCCGCCAUUCCGUAUCCCCCUCAGGUUCUAAUGCUAGAUGAUGGUGUUGAACAUCGUUAGUUAAUUUAUUUAUUUAUCAACUGUUUAACAGACAGAAGCUUACGAGUUUCAAGGCUCUUGGCCUGACCACUUUGUUUCUACCCCCACCCUUAUGCCACCAAUCGUCGUACGCAGUAAGGAAGGAGAAAGCCAUGAUCAAUCCCGCUGCCUUCACUGCAUGCACUCGAGCAGGGUGGGGCCUGGGAGAGACAGGAGCAAGUCAUCUGAACACGUGCUUGAUGGAGAGUGGAACAGGUUAACGCCCGUACUGGAAGCAAAGGUACGAUAAUUCAGCGACCGCGGAGGGGGAGGGGCUGUUUUUUCCCCUCAAUCGCUGACAAGAAUUAGCUGCCACAAGUUGCUUUUCACUAGCGACGGAGUCGUAAGCGGAGUCAUAAGGGCGACGGAAAUCAGAUUCAGAAGAAUCAGAACGUUUCUAUUUUCUUCCGACUCCGCUUACGACUCCGUCGCUCACGUUCCGCUUAUGAUCCAGUGAAAACCAGAUUGUCGGAGUCGGAAGCAGAAGCGGAAGGAUAAACCAAUCACAAGGCACGUUCCCACGCUUUGUGAUUGGUUUAGUUUUUCCGCUUCUGCUUGCGACUCCGACGACCCAGUUUUCACUUGAUCGUAAACGACGGAGUCGUAAGCGGAAUCAGGAGGAUCAGAACACUGUUUUCACAAGAUUGUAAAGUUCUACGCUUCUGAUUACCACUCCGACUUUGACCCCUUCGUUAGUGAAAACCAGCCUGUAAAGGCCCUUUGUAACGUUUUACAGACAUCAAAAGGGGAAAAUGAAGUUUUCUCUCCCCCACCUCCUAAAAGCGAUGUUGUGCCGCUGAACGAGCUACCUUUAAGAAACAACAAACGCAAAGUACUGAUAGUCGUCCUUGUCUCAGAAUCGAAAGCUCUCUAGUAGUACGAGUUAGGGUGGAUUUUCCCCGUUCUCCCGGGUAUCGCAGGCUCAUUCGCCACUUUAGAAACGAGUAGCAAGCCGGGCUGAGUUAUUUUUCGCAAAACCGACUGAGUCUGAGAUAGGGAAAAAAAUUGGCCCAUAGCUGACACGAGCGACCCCAUUUAAGAUCCCAGGAACAAUUGCGGGAUGGGUUUCGGCUCCAGUUUCCUACUCCUUUCUAAAAUAAAAACCCUAAGAACUGCUGGUAAUCGAGCCUAAGCUGUGGCGGAUCCAGGGGAGGGGUCUGGGGGGCCUGCUCACAAAAGACCACAAAAACAUUUUUUGUACCCUGGGUGCCAGAGACUUUUCUAGCGCGGUUUCCGGUUUCUGUCAAUUCGCCGCUCGUGGCUUCAGCCUACGGCCGAAGAUGUAUCGACCUUCGGCCAACACCGAAAAUUCCCACCGCACGCGAAAAAACCUCUGGUACCCAGGGUACAUUUUUUGAGACCGCCCCCCACCCUCCCAACCCCCUUAUCUCGGGGUCUGGAUGACCGCCCCCACCCCCUUAUCUGAAGGUCUGGAUCUGCCAUUGCUAAGUACGGGUGUAAGCUAAGGUGGCUGAACACAGUUUUGCGGGUGGUCAGCGGUAACUCGCGUGACGGCUAGUGUUUUAAUUUAGACAAACAAACAUGGCGGCGAAAAAAGCAAUGGUACACAAAAGACGAUUUCUCAAAAUCUACUCAUUAAAAUUGUGAUAUUUGGCAGAAGGUUUACUUUUAAGGUAUUUUAAAUAAUGAGAACUUUAAAAUGAAAGUUGAACAGACGAAGUUUAUGUCACAUCUAAUAAUGGCAGUACAAUUAUAUUAUUGAUUAUCAAAAAGCCCGUCUGUUAAAAUUUGGGCAGAUAAGUUUCUAAUGGUAAUGGUUAAUUAUGGUAAGCUGUGUGCAAGUUUAUAGGAAAAUCUAAUGAGCGAAUUUUAUGUAAACUGAGCAAAAGUGAAAUUUUAAGGUUUUAUCCAAUCGUUCAUGUUGCCAUGGAAACUUCGAAAACGUCAACUUUUACCUGUCAAUCAAAAUCUUUCAUCAGUAUAUUUUUCACUUGCCAAGUUUCAGCUUGUGAACUGGAACCUUUCUCUUGCCAUGAUCUGGCAAAUGACAUGUACUCACAAACUGCCAAAACUGUGUUCAGCCACCUUAAUAUACGUUAUUUUUUCUUUUGUUGAAGUUUGAAAAUACCGAUUCAGCAAGCGAGUGUUCGUACAUAGCAUCCACUGCGGAUUCCACUUUGAGUGUAACCAAUCACACCCAUGUAAACAAGAGCAAACUGGAUGAAAACACGCCUGAAGGAAAACGGAUGAUUCGUGAUGAAAUCCUGAGACUUGUAGCUUCGCUCAGCAGUGUAGUGGGGUCCAGAUCACACCAGGAGGAGCUGUCUAAGUAAGUGAUGUCCUUGAAUGCAAGGAGACAUAAGACCUUUUUAUUCCCUGUAGUGGCUUUAGUCAAAAUUCGGCAAAAUUUCGCAAUCUCAUUUUGUAAAAUAGAGCGAUUUUCAUAUGACCUUGAAAAAUGGUUUCGGUAAGUGUUCGUUGUUUGUUUUAUUAGCCAAUGGGUGAAAAGAUCAAAACACGGCCUCUUCGUUUUCUCCCCAAAGAAAACCCUAAUAUGGAGAAGGCAUUGUUUGAUUGGCCAAUCGUAUUGCAGUAUGACGUCAAAGCAAAGCAUCCGUUGAUUUCUAGAAAGCUCUCGGGCAUGAAGUUUUUUCACCCGAGCGUUCGCUUAAACAACCAAAAGCCACGCGCGUUUGUGUCCGUUCGAUAAACCAAUCAUAUCGCCCUAUUUCCGUUCGUUUGUUGUUUCUGUUUUGUUCACGCGUUUUCGUUUCUAGGUCAUACGAAAAUCGCUCUACUGGGAAAAAAAUAGUACCAUGUGAAAGUACUGCCAAAAAGGUUUCGUUUGAAUGGUAACACCAUGGCAUUUCGUCCACAUGCUCAAAAGGUAGAACCACCUUACAAGACUCCGUUAUCCGUUCUGCGAGUGAAGGAUAACAAGCCUUGCGGGAAUAGGCAAACACAGCGUUGUUCGCAUCAUUUGUUGAUUAUGUUAACACUAUGUCAGGUCAAACUAUUGCAAGAUUUUUGCAGCGUUUGCUGCGAAAAUUUUCAGGCAAUGUUGAUACUAUUUUGAAAUCAUACCAGGUCAAACGAUCGCAACAUUGUUUCAGCAUUGGUUGGAAAAAUGUUGAGACAAUGUUGAGACUAUGUUGAGGUCAUACUCAGUUAAAAGAUCGCAACAUUGUUUCAGUAUUAGUUGGAAAAAUGUUCAGACAAUGUUGAGACUAUGUUGAGGUCAUACUCAGUUAAAAGAUCGCAACAUUGAAUCUCUUUUCUGAAAAAGUGUUCAGACAAUGUUUAACGGUCGCAACUUACAUUUCUGAGAGAAUUUUUAAACAGUGUUGAGACUAUAUUGAGACCAUAUUAGGUCAAACGGUUGCAAAAUUGAACCUUAUUUGUGGGAGAAUGUUCAGACAUUGUUAAGACUAAGUUGAGACCAUGUUAGGUCGAACGGUCCCAACAUUAAACCACAUUUCUUGAGAGAAUGUUCAGAACAAUGUUGAGACUAUGCUAAGACCAUCAGUAGCAGGUCAAACGGUGGCAGCAUUGUUCCAACAUCUGCUGAGAGAAUGUUCGGACAAUGUUCGUGGACAAUGUUGAGACCAUGCCGGGUCAAACUGUCGCAACAUUGUUUUCACCUUUGCUGAGCAAAAGUUCAGAUAAUGUUGAGGCCAUUGAUCAGUAACAGGUCGAACAGAGACAACAUUGAUUCAGUAUUUUCAGAGAGAAUGUUUAAACAAUGUUAAGUCUAUGCAAUGUCAAACGGUCGCAACAUUUUAUCAGCGUUCACCUGAAAUUUGCUGACAGAAUGUAGCCUGAGAACAGGCUCUCCGUUUUGUGGGAAAGGGAACAAACGGUAAGGAAAAAUAUGGAAGUGAAGAAAUGGGAGAAUGGCCCCCGCCCUUUCCCCUCCUUAGAACCUCGCUCUGCUCGCUUCGUUCGCCGUUUUUUUCCCUUUUUACCCCACCAAGGAGCCUGGUCCUAAACUAAUAGAAUUUUGCGCGACGUGAAGUCUAUGCCAAGGUCAACGAACUGUUCGUAAGUUCGCACUGUCCUGCCAGAAAUUAAUGGUUAUUUUAUAUGUCAUUUUUGGUGCGCCGUUUUCGUUCCAGGUUAAAAGAGAGAUUCCCACAUAUGUUUCAAGACCUUUGCUUGUACUGUGAAGUAUCAGACGUUCUUGGACUGUACAAGUUUAGACUGCACAUCCGGAGAUUUGUUCAAGGGCUUUUUGCAAAUGUCAUCUUUGAUCCGGUAGGUGAACAGAAGGCGUCAUUUGAAUUAGAUCUCGUUCUCAGCCCUCUCUUCCACACGUUGUUGUGGUUUGUUUCCCGAGUUCUGCCACUGAACAUUUUCACGGGAUAGGUGCAUUAUUCUAUACCACCCUCCCCCCCCCCCCCCCCCCCCAGUUAAUGCUAACGCCAAGCGAGCGUUUUCUAUACCACCCACUCCCCUUAGUUAGUGCUAAAUUCCAUCCGAUUACAAUGUGUGAACCUUUUUAAAACUGCAAAAUCGAUUUCUACUUUUAAAUUUUGUCUGAAAAAUAAGUUGAUUACUGACUUUUUAAAUAGCACGUUAUGAUAGUAUUUUAGUAUCUUACUAGUAUCUUAUUUUAUUUUAACUUAAAAUAUGCAUAUUGUAUAGUACGUAGUGAGAAUAUUUAUUAUACGAUUAAUUCUUAAAUAGGUAUGUUUAUAUUGCUUUGUUCACCGCAUUCUUUCCUUUUAAUCGAAUUGUUAACUACUUCUCUUAUCUUAAUUAGUUUUUUUUUUUAGUCGCAUUGUCACUGAAAAGCCCCACCAGGGGAGUGUCAAUAAACUAUUGUACUGUAUUGUAUUUUUUAACCCAUUGUAGCUCUAGAAGCGAAAUUGAGAUCCCAUGCUUUUUACCAAGCUUCUUCCUAUAAGAAUAAAACUAGCAAUGAGUCUUAGAAUCCAAGGCAUUUUUAUUGUCGGUAGAAAUAACAAUCUUAGACAAUCUGUUGAGGCCUUAUUAUUUAAGGAGAGGGAGGGGAGUUAGCCUGCGUGCAGACGAUAACUAAACCGACUCUGAUUAGUACCGUCUGCGAAGCAGCGCAGAGAUCCUUGUUCUGGACCCCUAGCGGACUCAACGAAUUACCGGAAGUGCGUUUCGAAUUCCCCUUCAACCUGAUUGGCGAUCACGACAAACAAAACAAAGGCCUUUUUUAACUGGCCAAUCGUGGCGCGUACUCAAAUCUGGGUACACAGCUGGAAGUCCAGAACAAGGAUUUCGGCGCUGUUUCGCAGACGGAGUUAACCAGAGUUUAAUUUCGUCUGCGCGCAGGCUAGAGGGGAGUAUGACACUUGCAGAAAGAAUCUUUAUCAUUUUUUGUAUUUCAGAUAAUCGAGCAAGCAGACUUCGUGAUAAACAGAGAACGAAAGAAUUCCACCUCUGAAUCAUAAAUACCUCGCUUUGUUUGUCCUUGGCUGAAAGUCAGGGGUCACGUGCUGACAAGCGACUGUCAUGUGAAGCGGAAAGGAAAAAGGUGAAUCUGUUACGAAGACCUCGUUUUGACAGGAACAUUGUUCUGUUAGGGAUUUGACCCUAAAUGGAAUUCGUUAAGGAUAGUUGACAACGAAGAUUUCAUUGUCUCUGUGGAGUUCACAGGACUUCAUAGUCAGAGCAAAAGCAAUAAUAUAAGGAGCUGAUUGCAUGAGCUGGCUUUGUUCGCUUUGCUAAGGGAGCUCGGCAAGCCGGGACCCUGGGAUUGUGAUGCCGGGAUCCCAGUUAACCGGGCUGGAAAUUUGCUAUGUAAUCACGUUGGGGCUGGCGAUCCAGACCAGCAACUGGACAGCGGGUAAACGUACUGCUCAUGUGCACUUCUUUCAAUCGUUCUGUGUGCAUGGCGGCUUCGAGCUGCCUCGAUUCAUGUGAUACCCGGAUUAAAGUUACCUCUGUAAAGCAAGUCAGCCCUGAAAUCUUGAGCUAUGAUUAAAAUGAAGCCUGAUCAGACCGUUUUCACCGAGAAUAAAAUCAAUUUAAUG